CACAACUCUCUGCAUCUUCACUUUCAAACACACCUUGAGCGUUAGAGACGUGUUAUCGUCAAUUCUUGAAAAUAAUAAACGAAAAAAAUAAUAAUUUCAUUAAAAAAGAAGACGGCAAUCGACAAGUGACCCAUUAUGCAUGUCCCAGGAAAUACAGACAUCCCAUCUACGAUGAAGCCCUCUGAGUUAAGACUGGUGCUUCUUGGGAAAGCAGGAGCUGGCAAAAGUGCCUCAGGAAACACCAUCUUGGGGGAAAAAACAUUUAAAUCGACUCUCAGCUCCCGCUCCAUCACAAAAGAGUCCGUAAAAGGAACGGCCAAGGUGGAUGGCAGAAAUGUCACUGUGGUUGACACCCCAGGCUUCUUUGACACUGAACUUACAGAAGAGGAAGUGAGAAGAGAGAUUGUGAGAUGCAUGACUCUCUGCUCUCCUGGGCCACAUGUAUUCAUGGUGGUGAUUCCUGUUUGCAGAUUCACUCAGGAAGAUAAGGCCGCUGUGCAGAAGAUCCAAGAGCUGCUGGCAGAUAGCUUCCUCCAUUAUGCUUUGGUUCUUUUUACCCAUCAAGAUAAUUUGGAUGAGGAAGAAACUAUUGAGGAGUUCAUUGCUGAUGAUAAACACCUUAAGAAGUUGGUUGAACAAUGUGGUAACCGAUACCAUAGCUUCAAUAACAAAAACACAGCAGACCACACCCAAGUGACUGAACUUCUCAAUAAGAUUGUCAAGAUGGUGACACUCAAUAGAGGGCAGUGCUACACAAAUGAAUUGAAUCAGAAAGUGGAAGAGGAAAUCCAGAAGAACCAGCAUGAGAUUUUCAUGGAAAGAAAUGAGCAGCAGCAGAAAGAAAAGGAGGACAGAGAAAGAGAGAGAGUACAACCUCGGCAGAGGAAAAUGAAGCUUAAGGAGGAGGAGAAGAGUUAUGCCUCCAAUGAUGACCCAUUCUCAACAGCAAAAAGGCAUAAAGUGCAGCAAAUGCAAAAGGACUCGGAUCAGAAAACAGAGCCACUACCAGCACUUGGGAAGGCAAAUUAUCAAAAGAAGAAAGAAGAUGACCUGAAAAAUCAGGCAAAAGCUGAGGCAGAGAAGUCCAGCAGCUGGUUAUGGAAGAUUCUGAAUCUGGUGACAGCUGUGCCAAGAGGGUUAGUGUACGGUGUCUUGGAGUUUGCAUAUAGUGCUCUCGAUAUCAUAAAAAAUAUACCCAUUGUUUCUAGAUUGAUAAGUUUAGAAGAUAUUGCUGGAUUGAGUCAUUUUGUAAGAGGUUUAAUUGGUGCGGGUGUUGCUAUAAAAGAUGCUUUUGAUGCAGAAGGUCAAGUGGAAGCAAUAAAAACCAUCUGCAUCAACAUAACUGAGUGUGCAAAAAUGUUUGGGAUGUGAUGAAAUUAGCAAAACUAAUAAAAAAGCAGUACAACUACAAAAAAAUAGAAAAAAUGUUGGCAAAGUUAACGUCAAUGUCAUUAUAAUUAUAGAGACUUUAAUAAUUGACUCUUACACAUAGCUGGGAAGCUGGAGUGAUUAGGCUCUUUUCUAAUACUUAGUAUAUUAUACUCUGUAAUUAAAAAAAGAUAAAGGAUCAUACCUCGUGAUAACUUCUUACUUUAGAUGUAGAUAAAGAAAAAAAUAAAAUCAAAUAAACACAACAAUUAAAAGUCUUCAAUCAUAUAGCAUAAUUAUGUUUCUCUUCUUCCUAAUAUUGUGAACUCCUUUGUAAUUCUAGUGAUGUAGGCAGCAAUAAAGUUCAAUCAACAAUCAA